UGGUCCUCGAAAGAAAAAGCAAUGGCGUGAGUUGAUUUUCACUCACGGCCGGGUCAUACGAGAAAACUCGUCUUCUUCUUCUUCUUCUUCUUCUUCCUCUCAAUUGCUCAUCAAAGGAUUCACACUUUCACACGUUUUUCUUGUUCCUCUUUUUAAACCCCACAAACAACAACCCUCAACACGCUAUAAUCUUUUCUUCCAACUCUUCUUUUGUCUACUUAUUCCCGCGUUAUUUAUAGUAUAGCUCUCUGUUUUGAUCUCACUCUAAUUACCUCAAUUCAGUAUCUGUUGGAAGAAAGAGAGAGAGAUGUCGACGGAGACAUACUUCGGUGAUGACAGCAACAGAGGAGUGAGUAUUAUUGGUGGUCGUUAUGUUCAGUAUAAUGUGUAUGGCAAUCUCUUCGAAGUUUCUAACAAGUAUGUUCCUCCUCUUCGUCCUAUCGGCAGAGGCGCUUCUGGCAUCGUCUGUGCUGCAUGGAAUUCGGAGACGGGUGAGGAAGUGGCGAUCAAGAAGAUUGGUAAUGCAUUUGGCAACAUCAUCGACGCUAAGAGAACUUUGAGAGAGAUUAAGCUUCUUAAGCAUAUGGAUCAUGACAAUGUCAUUGCCAUUAAAGACAUAAUACGACCACCGCAGCGAGACAACUUCAAUGAUGUUCACAUUGUAUUUGAGUUAAUGGACACUGAUCUUCACCACAUUAUACGCUCAAACCAACCGUUGACCGAUGAUCAUUCACGGUUCUUCUUGUACCAGUUGUUGCGAGGACUCAAGUAUGUGCAUUCAGCCAAUGUAUUGCAUCGUGAUUUAAAACCGAGUAACUUGCUCCUGAAUGCAAACUGUGACCUCAAGAUUGGGGAUUUUGGACUCGCAAGGACUAAUUCAGAGACAAACUUCAUGACAGAAUAUGUUGUUACACGUUGGUACCGAGCUCCAGAGUUGCUCCUCAAUUGCUCAGAGUACACUGCAGCUAUCGAUAUUUGGUCUGUUGGUUGUAUACUUGGUGAAACAAUGACCAGGGAGCCGUUGUUUCCCGGCAGCGAUUAUAUUCAGCAGCUUAGGCUCAUCACUGAGCUUAUAGGUUCACCAGAUGAUUCAAGCCUAGGAUUCUUAAGAAGCGACAACGCGAGACGAUACGUAAGGCAGCUUCCACAGUAUCCAAGACAAAACUUUGCCGCUAGAUUCCCAAACAUGUCGGUCAAUGCAGUUGAUUUGCUGCAGAAAAUGCUCGUCUUUGACCCAAGCAAACGGAUUACAGUUGACGAAGCUCUGUGCCACCCAUACUUAGCGCCGUUUCAUGACAUGAACGAGGAACCUGUAUGCGUGAGGCCGUUCCAUUUCGAUUUCGAGCAACCUUCAUUGACAGAAGAUAAUAUCAAGGAGCUUAUAUAUCGUGAAUCAGUCCAGUUUAACCCUCAAGAUUCUUAGUCCGAGACUUUAAAAGAGAAUCUUGACAAGAAACUCAACAAGCUCUGUUCAUAGAGAAAUUAGUUACGGACGGAAUACAUUGCUCUACGGAAUUAGUUACCUCCGGGAUAACAAAUCCCACCGUCGCCGAGCCGUCGCUUUAGCUCGCUCGUCUGUCGCAGUUUUACAGAAUUUUUAAUAAGGGGGCGAUAGUUUCUCUUAUUUCGAUUAUAACCCCCAAUCUUACUGAUUGUUCAACAUUCUGAGAAACCCUUCUUUUUGUUUCCACUAUCCUAUUUAUUGGGCUUAUUUAAAGUAUCUCGUCUCGUCUGGCUUACAAAAGCCCAAUUCAUUCGAUUAAUUAUGUUGUACGGAAAUAUUAAAUAAAAAUGAUUACAGAUCAAUUAACUCUUCUAUUUUGCAGAUUA